AUGAACAGAGCAGCGACGCCGAAGCCGAAUACGAUCUCCCAAGAAGCCUACAGCAAUGGCGACGGCGCAGCGGCCAAGGAACUGUCGGAGCAGGGCAAAGCCCACGGUCGCAAGAUGGAGGAGUACAACAAGCAGGCAUCCGAGUUCAUUUUCCGCGAGAACAACGCCAACGGGCGCGUCGAGCCCGAUACCAUCGAUCUGCACGGACAAUUCACGGAAGAGGCCGAGGAGAUCCUGGAAGAGCGCAUCAAAUACGCGCGGCAGCAUGGCCAGAACCAUCUUCAUGUGAUCGUCGGAAAAGGUAAUCACUCGGCGAACCAUGUACAGAAGCUCAAGCCCCGCGUCGAACGAGUCUGUCAAGAACUCGGCCUCCAGUAUGCCACCGAGGACAAUGCUGGGCGGAUCUACGUCAACCUUACCGGUGGAGCGGCUGAGAUGCCCUCCUACGGUGGUGGUCAGCCUUCGCAACACCAGUACCCCGGACAGCAGCCGCAUCACCAACAGCAGCAUCACGGCCAACAGCAGCAGCAGCAGCAGGACCCCUUGGAACAGGCGGUCAACUCUAUUCUUCCGCGGGUCAUGCGCAAGCUGGAAAAGGCUUGCUGUAUUGUUAUGUAG